UUGAGGCCGUUGAGGGAGGGAGCCCCGUCAGGCCUCUGAAGGGGGCAGAGUGGCUGAAGGGCGCCUGCAGGCACCCUGGUCGGGGGAAUUGCGGGAGGAGGAAAGCAAGCGAGCAGCGGCUGAAGGGGGGCCUGGAGACAGAGGGGAAGCCAUUAAAUUAGCCACUUUUGGUAGAGGGGAAAAGCAGUCAGGUUUUUUGAGGGGAAGCAGUUUGUUGACACCCGGUGGGGGGGGGGCACCCAAUUGGGGGAAAGGAUUAAUUUAUUGAAGGGUUGGAAUAAUAGGCAAAUAGAGCGAGGGGUGUGUUUUUUUGUAUGGACAGCCUAGUUUUGUAUCUGAAGAAGUGAGUUGUGACUCACGAAAGCUUACACCCUACCACAUCUUUUGUUAGUCUUAUAGAGGCUCUAGUCCUAGGUCUUGAACUGAAUGAGAGAAGGAGCAUCCGCUGUUUUGAGGCAUGAGAGGAUAGCACACUGAACACCAGCUCUGUUACACACUAUUUGCUUCCUGACAGAUUGGAGCUAGCAAGAAAGUCGAACCCCUAUGCCUGUUGAAGAUGAAACACUUGGCAUGGAGGACGACACUGGCAGGUCUGUUUACAUCACGGACAGCCCUGAGAUGGUCCUCAGGUUCCUCUGGCAGCCACCUGCUACAGGCAGAGGUGGCGCAGGAUACCUGCACAGCAUCGGGCCAGCAGCGCAUGAACCCCCUUGGGAUCCAGAUGCUCUCCAAGGGUCUUCAUGAACAGAUUUUUCGAGGUGCUCAGGUGCAUUACUCAGAUGAAGAUGUCCAGAAAAGCGUGGAACACUUGAAGAAGCAUGACCUGUGGGGAAAAGAGACCUCCACUGUUCCAGAUGUGGAGCUGCAGCUGCCCCACAUGUACGGGGCCAACAUAGAUGAACACUUCUGUAUUUUGGCGCAGAAGCAGAGCCUCCCAUAUUUGGAGGCUGCCGAAGAGCUUCUUGAGAGUACGCUCUCCCCCAUGCCUCAAGAGUGGGCUUGGGAAGUUGGGUGGACACGAUACGGACCUGACGGGGAGAAGAAAAUGGUGGAGUUCCCUGAUGAGCGGGCAAUGGUAUUUGAUGUGGAGGUAUGCGUGGAAGAAGGGCAUUGCCCCACACUUGCAGUGGCUGUUUCCCCAAGUGCCUGGUACUCAUGGUGCAGCAAGCGGCUGCUAGAGCAGAGAUACAGUUGGUCCAACCAGCUGACUCUGGCUGACCUUAUCCCUCUGGAAUCGGGCAGCAACUUCCCGAAGCAGGACUGGCGGGAGAAGCUCGUGGUGGGUCACAACAUCUCCUUUGACCGGGCACACAUCAGAGAACAGUACCUGAUUCAGGGCUCUCGCAUGCGUUUCCUGGACACCCUGAGCAUGCACAUGGCCAUCUCGGGAUUGUCAGGAUUCCAACGCAGCCUUUGGAUGGCAGCGAAGCACGGCAAGAGGAAAGGGCUGCAGCAAGUGCAGGAACACAUCAAGAAGACGCGCAGCAAAACUGAUGGUCCUGUGAUUGCCUCCUGGGACUGGGUGAACAUUAGCAGCAUCAACAACCUAGUAGAUGUUCAUGCCCUCUAUGUAGGGGGCCAGACAUUGGAGAAAGAGGCCCGAGAACUCUUUGUGAAGGGAAGCAUGAAUGACAUCAGAAACAAUUUCCAGGACCUGAUGACAUAUUGUGCCCUCGAUGUCCAAGCUACGCAUGAGGUAUUCCAGGAGCAACUUCCACUCUUCAUAAAAAGGUGUCCCCAUCCCGUGACAUUUGCAGGAAUGCUAGAAAUGGGGGUCUCAUACCUCCCUGUCAAUCAGAACUGGGAGAGGUACCUAGAUGAAGCACAGGUCACUUAUGAGGAGCUGCAAAAGGAGAUGAAGAAAUCCUUGAUGAACCUGGCUGACGAUGCCUGCCAGCUGCUCCACGAGGAGAGGUACAAGGAUGACCCCUGGUUAUGGGAUCUGGAGUGGGACCUCCAAGAAUUUAAGCAAAAGAAGAAAAAAACUGGGAAGAAGAAUCAAGAUGGCGAUGAUGAACCUCCCAAAGUCGUGGAAAAUGCUUCUGUGCUGGAGUGGCAGGAAGAUCCUGGUCCCCCUACUGAAGUGGAGGAACAGAGCAUCCCUGCCAGCCAGCUGUGCUUGGACCGCCUGAAGGAGACUGUUACUUUGCAGCCAAAGAGGAUUCAGCAUCUGCCUGGUCAUCCAGGAUGGUACCGUAAACUGUGUCCCCGACUGAGUGAUCCCAGCUGGGUGCCUGGCCCAAGUCUCAUCAGCUUGCAGAUGAGAGUGACCCCAAAGCUCAUGCGGCUCACCUGGGAUGGUUUUCCACUGCACUACUCUGAGAAGUACGGCUGGGGUUACCUGGUGCCAGGAAAGGAGAGACCAGCAGAGGAUGCCCCUGGUGACCAGUCACCUGCGUGCCCGUUCAGGGUUAUUGAGCAUCUGUACCGGGAACAUUGCAAGGAGAAAGGCAAAGAGCAGCCUGACUCACUGGAUGCCUCUCUGGAUGAAGACCUUAUGUUAACAGAAAACAGCGCUGUCUGGCAAAAGGUUGAGGAGCUCGGUCACCUGGAGACAGAUGUGGAUGCAGAUCCUGCAGCCAAGCCCACGAGAAAGGAUGAGGAGGGGUCUGCAGAGAGUCCUGAAUAUCACCAUGGCAAUGGUCCUUACAAUGAUGUCAAUAUUCCUGGCUGUUGGUUUUUUAAGCUACCUCACAAGGACGGGAAUGCCAACAAUGUUGGAAGUCCGUUUGCCAAGGAUUUCUUGUCCAAGAUGGAGGAUGGAACCCUGCAACCUGGCACCAGGGGCUCCGAUGGGACACGAGCUCUGGAAAUCAACAAGAAGGUCUCCUUCUGGAGGAAUGCUCAUAAGCGAAUCAGUUCACAGAUGGUGGUGUGGCUGAAGAAAGGAGAGCUGCCUCGAUCCGUGACCAGGCAUCCCGACUACGAUGAGGAGAACAGCUACGGGGCCAUUCUGCCUCAGGUGGUGACUGCUGGGACCAUCACUCGCCGGGCUGUGGAGCCCACCUGGCUGACGGCCAGCAAUGCCCGAGCUGACCGGGUGGGCAGUGAGCUGAAGGCCAUGGUCCAGGCCCCUCCUGCCUACCACUUGGUUGGAGCUGACGUGGAUUCCCAGGAGCUUUGGAUAGCAGCUGUCUUGGGAGAAGCUCAUUUUGCUGGCAUACACGGCUGCACCGCCUUUGGCUGGAUGACCCUUCAGGGGAAGAAGAGCAAUGGCACAGACCUGCACAGUAAGACGGCUUCCACCGUUGGCAUCAGUCGGGAGCAUGCCAAAGUGUUCAACUACGGGCGGAUCUAUGGGGCAGGGCAGCCUUUUGCUGAGCGCCUCCUCAUGCAGUUCAACCAUCGCCUGACACAGCAGCAGGCCAGUGAGAAGGCACGCCAGAUGUAUGCCAGCACAAAGGGGAUCAGGCGCUGCCUCCUGUCUGAGGAUGGAGAAUGGCUGGUGAAAGAGCUGGGCAUCCCCGUGGAACGGGCAGCCGACGGUUCCGUGUCCUUGCAGGAUGUGCGGCAGAUACACAGAGAAGCAGGGAAAAGGUCUAGAAAGAAAAAGUGGGACGUGGUGCGCCAGCGACUGUGGGCCAAUGGGACAGAGUCCGAAAUGUUCAACAAACUGGAAAGCAUCGCCAUGUCGGAAUCGCCUUGCACCCCAGUGUUGGGCUGCCACAUCAGCAGAGCCUUGGAGCCGGCCGCUGUCAAGGGCGAGUUUGUCACCAGCAGAAUAAACUGGGUGGUGCAGAGCUCCGCUGUGGAUUACCUGCACCUGAUGCUCGUGGCCAUGAAAUGGCUGUGUGAGGAGUUCAGCAUCAACGGCCGCUUCUGCAUCAGCAUUCACGAUGAAGUGCGCUACCUGGUCCAGAGUGAAGACCGCUACCGGGCAGCUCUAGCCCUGCAGAUCACCAACCUCCUCACGCGGUGCAUGUUUGCCUAUAAGUUGGGUCUGCAAGACCUGCCUCAGUCAGUGGCCUUUUUCAGUGCUGUGGAUAUCGAUCAGUGCUUAAGGAAAGAGGUUACUAUGGACUGCAUCACUCCCUCCAACCCAACUGGAAUGGAACGGAGAUACGGCAUCCCCCAGGGUGAUGCUCUGGAUAUAUAUCAACUUCUGAAAAUAACCAAAGGCUCAUUGGAGAAAGGAAAAUAAGUAAUGAGACAUUAAAGGCCUUCAGUUGGGGAAUCCUGGGAGCAGGAGAAAUGGCCUCUCUCAAGCAGCCCGGCCUUGACUCGUUGCUCGGAGAGGAAACGGUAAGGAGAGUGGCGGGAGCAGCCAGCUGUAGCUCCAAAGGCCAGUCUCUGACUCAGGGCCCUACAGGAGACAGGCAGGCAGUUCUUCAGCAGGCUGCUGUGAGACCAGCAUUCAGGGAAUCUUCUGUCAAGAUGGUGGCGGAAUAGCUUGUGUUAAAGAGAGGCCGUCUUUGUUCACAAAACCCACUUGGGCAUAAAUAUGUCAUUCUUA